GCCGAAGCCGGCGCGCCGAGAGUUGAAAGGUUAAGCGGCGCGGCGCGCAGCGAUGACGUAAUGGCUUUGUGCGCUGGGCGGCCGGGGGGCAGCAGUAGCGGCAGCUUUCCCCGCACGUCGUCGCGCUGGGGCUGCCUCCGCCGCCGGGUCCCAGCUAGGCCCGCGUUCAGCUCCCUCCGUCCCGCGCGAGGAGCCGUCCUCUCUUCCGAUAUAUAAUCAAAACCUGUUUUAUGAAACGGACUCUUUGUCAAGUAUACCUUUUUGAUGUCUGGUAUCUGAAACCUGCCAACUAUGCCAGCAGCUACAGUAGAUCACAGCCAAAGAAUUUGUGAAGUUUGGGCUUGCAACCUGGAUGAAGAGAUGAAGAAAAUUCGUCAAGUUAUACGGAAGUUUAACUAUGUUGCCAUGGACACAGAGUUUCCAGGUGUAGUUGCACGGCCUAUUGGAGAAUUCAGAAGUAAUGCAGACUAUCAGUAUCAACUGCUCCGCUGUAACGUGGACUUACUAAAGAUAAUUCAAUUAGGGUUGACGUUCAUGAAUGAACAAGGCGAAUACCCUCCAGGGACUUCAACAUGGCAAUUUAAUUUUAAAUUUAAUUUAACAGAAGACAUGUAUGCCCAGGAUUCAAUAGAGCUAUUAACAACAUCUGGAAUCCAGUUCAAAAAACAUGAAGAUGAAGGAAUUGAGACUCAAUACUUUGCUGAACUUCUUAUGACGUCGGGUGUCGUGCUAUGCGAAGGAGUCAAGUGGCUUUCAUUUCAUAGUGGCUAUGACUUUGGUUAUUUGAUCAAGAUCUUGACGAAUUCUAAUUUACCUGAGGAAGAGCUGGACUUCUUUGAGAUUCUGAGAUUAUUUUUCCCUGUCAUUUAUGAUGUGAAGUACCUUAUGAAGAGUUGCAAAAAUCUCAAGGGUGGAUUGCAAGAAGUUGCUGAGCAGUUGGAGCUGGAGAGGAUAGGACCGCAGCAUCAAGCAGGAUCCGAUUCUCUACUAACUGGCAUGGCAUUCUUCAAAAUGAGAGAGAUGUUCUUCGAAGAUCACAUUGAUGAUGCAAAGUACUGUGGUCACUUGUACGGUCUCGGUUCUGGUUCCUCAUAUGUACAGAAUGGGACAGGAAAUGCAUAUGAAGAAGAAGCCAACAAGCAAUCAUGACAUGAAAUGGGAAGCUGCUUUUUCUGAGCUCCACAUGCUUGUACAUAGGUUUUAUCUCUGGUUGAAUCCCUUGGGACAAUAAGGCCUUCUCUUCCCCUUGCCACACUUUCUUUUAUGCCUUUGUAUGUACUAAACCUGACUGUUCCUAUCCCAGUUUUUUGACCUUAAGGUGUAGGCAUUUCUGGGUUAAAUGUGGCCUUGUACUUUGCCCAUCUGUACAUAAGCACAUGUAGGAGCAGUGUGGUGGGUAGAAGAAAGCUGAAAUGAUAAUGAAAUUUCUGGUAAACUUUAAUUGGUCUUAGUAUUGGUUUAUUAUCUCCCCCACCCCUUUCCCCAAACUGAGCUAGCACUGAUUGUAACCAAUUUCCACAUUUCUUUACCCUUCUGGUGUACAGGAGUUUUAGCUAUUCAAGGUUGUGGACCAUCACAUUUGCACUUUAGAAGACUGACUCUCUUAGUCAGAUCCUCUUGUUUUAUUUGAAGUUCUGGUUCUGCCCCCUCCCCUGCCCAGACAAAACGUUGAUCCUCUUGGUUGAACACACAAAGUUGCAAAUUCAUUAGAAGAGCUCAUAUUCACUGCAUAAUCUGUGUUCAGAACUACUGAAAUCCUAGCAGCUGCUCAUAUCUAAACUGGUGUCCAGUCUUCCAGGUGUGUCCUGCGCACACCAGCUUACGAUCAGCUUGCCAGUUUCACACUGCUGUGUGAUGAAAAUAACUAGGUGGUGCCAUCAGAAUCUCUUCUGGGUGUACUCCACUGAAUCAAGAAGCUAUUGCCUGGUGUCUAAUUUGUGCUCUCUUCAAUUCAAUAUGGUGUGUUUCGGAGAGGUUCCUUGUCAAAUUUGCCUCCUGUAUCUGGAAACAAGCUGUACAGCCUUCGGGGAUGACUGUGUCCUGUUUUGCUUUUGAGCAGAAUAAUUGAAAGGAUGGAGACUGCAGUAAGAUUUAACAGUUCACAUUGUGGAUCCAGUUCCUUACUCCUGUUACAGGAAGCUGUUUCCUACAAAUACUUUCUAAUUUAAAACCGUAUUUAUUUUCUACUUGAAUAGAUGAACACAAGUCCGUAUUAGGAUGAGAUCCAAAGAUUUGAAGCCAACUCGAUGAGCUAAAUAAAAGGAAGAUAGGUGUGCCCUUUUGGUAGCUGAUACAAAAGGUAUUUGUUGUAAAACAACAAAACUUAUUUGUACCUAAUAAAGCUACCAGGGGCUUGUAAGGCUAGUUUAUUUUUUUGAGUCUAAGCAAUAUAUUUUAUAAAUAAUUGUUUUAUUAAAGGACCACAAAGUACUUUCUUAACCAUGCAGAGCAUGCUCAUUCGAAGCAGUUGUGCAGGAGGACUUCAAUUGGUAUUGAAUAGCUAAACCCUAACCUGAAAUGAUGGAGUGCCUGUGGCAGCAUUUCGUGUGUAUCGUCCACACUGAAAAUCAGCAAGAGUAAAUCCUAAUGUUCAGCAAGUUGAUUUGUUUACCAUGUACUUUAACCUGUUUUCCUCUCUCCCCUCAAGAAGUUACAGUGAUGUAACUGUGGGUGGUCCUUUUUAAAGAACAAUAACAGACAUUUGCAUAAGAGGGUAUUUGUUUUUAAAAGCUUUUGUAAAUAAAGGCUUCGAAAGUGUUUUCUUACAUA